CAUUUUCCAAAGUAGUGGUAGGUAAAAAGUAAAAUUGACAACUUUUUCCAAUGUUUGAGCUCCUUAUUUCUCAAUUCUCGGGUAAAUAAUGACAAUACACACGAAAAAUCAUAACAUAAUUUGUUGAUCUCGAAAUAAUUUAAGAGAGAAAAAAUGGUGACCGCAUCAGAAAUAGUGAAGAAGCUGAAUUUACAAGCUCAUGUAGAAGGUGGAUUUUUCUAUGAAACAUUCAGAGAUCACUCCGUUACCCUCUCCAAAUCCCAUCUUCCCCCAGAAUAUAAGGUUGAUCGGCCUGUUAGCACAGCAAUUUACUUCUUGUUACCAUCUGGGAGUGUGUCUAAACUUCACCGGAUUCCAUGUGCAGAAACCUGGCAUUUCUAUCUGGGAGAGUCUAUUACGAUAGUGGAGCUUAAUGAGAAAGAUGGAAGUGUAAAGUUAACUUGUCUUGGUUCAAAUUUGUUGGAGGAUGAGCAACCCCAAUACACGGUGCCCCCUAAUGUCUGGUUUGGGUCCUUUCCGACCAAGGAUAUAAGCAUUUCUCCAGAUGGUUUGGCUACUAAAGCUGUCCCCAGAGAUAAUGAGAGCCACUACGCUCUUGUCGGAUGUACCUGUGCACCUGCAUUCCAGUUCCAGGAUUUCGAGUUGGCAAAACGAAGUGAGCUCAUUUCGUACUUCCCCAAAUACGAGUCUCUCAUCUCUCUCCUUACUGCCGCUGACUGAACUUUUUAGGAGAGUCUGGUUUCAAAUCGUUUGUAUUACUAUGGCGACUAGACUAUCUUCUACGUUAUUAGUAGCAAUAUAAUAUUUCCCCAAAUACGAGUCUCUCAUCAAUAAGUCAUUUCAAGGUUACCUUACCAUAGAUGAUUUCUUAAAGCAUUUUGAGAGUUUUAUGCAAUUAGCCUCAUUUUCCGGUGGGAUAAGUCUUGCUCCAAUGUUUAUCUCUUCCCUCUGUCCAGGAAUGAUAGGCUCAUGGAAAUUUGGUUUAAUUUAAGAGAACGCUUUUCCAACGUU